GAGGGGAGGGCUGAGGAAUUACUACGUAGUUUUCAGCUUUAGUAAGGCGCAUUUCACAGUAAUAACUCUGUAUGUACUUAUAGAAAUAAAUCUCCCUUCUGAAUUUUGGUUUUAAGAAGUCAUUUAAAUGGCAGCGAGGGUAGGACAGGCCAUGAAUCCGCCGCAUACGACAGAAGAAAGGGCGGUUUUCACGCAGCUGAAGCCGGUGAGGAUGCCGGGGGCGGACAGCGCAGAGGAGGCGGCCGUGUUUGAGGACGUCAAACCCGGGGUGAGAGUCUCCGCCGACCCGCGGAGGACGGCCGGACCCCCCGGUUCACCGGGAGCCCGGCCUCUCCGGACUCGACUAGAGUUGGACAAAUACCUCCCCCAGGUCAACAGUCCUCUCUUGAGCAACCUGAUUGACACCGUUGACAAGAAAUACAGACGAGACAGCGCCUCUGUCGUCGACGAGUACUUCUCUGAGGACAAAACUGGCACCCCUUACAGCCUCAACAUCAACGUCAUCCUUCCCAGCACCACUCACCUCCGCACAGGCCUCUACCGGGCCAACACCAAGACUCUCACGCCACAGCAGAUCAAGAUAGAGCCCGGGCUGGAAGUGCCCUGCUCCAUCCCCAACACCACCACCCAGGCCCUGCCAGACUUCACCUCUGUGUUCACCAUGCCGCCUGUAGUCAACAAUGUUUUCAUCAAACCAGACAUGAGCUCUGGAGGAGUGGUGACUGCGCCCGCAGGGUCCCAGCAGCAGCAGCAGCAGCAGCAGCAGCAGCAGCAGCAGCAGCCAAAUUUGGACACAGAGCUUCACAUCGGCCCCCCGGCCCCCCAGCCGCAGGUCUACCACAUGCCCAUCACCAGCGCUGCUGACCUCACCAUGACUCUGACCCACACCAGCCCGUCUGCACACGCCUCCACGAGUGGCAGGACCAUGCUGAACCUCGGCAAUGUUGCGUUACCGACAAGCAACAGCAACUACAUGAUGGUAGAGCAUCAGCUACCGCAGCAUCACGGUUACUACCAGGCCUCUCCGGCCAACUCAUCCCAGCACACAGCACCCCACAGCCUGCCACCCUCACCCCCAAACUCUCAGCCAGGGAGCCCAGACGUUCAGGCGGAGCUGCUCAGCUUAGCGCCCCAACUUCCGCCUCCAUACCAGCAGCGUCUGGGAGGGAUAAAGCUGACAGGGUUGUCUCCGCAUGCUUUGCUCAUGACACACGGCCAGGGUGUCCUGACAGGUCCCAAAUACAACAGGCGGAACAACCCAGAGCUGGAGAAGAGGAGGAUCCACUUCUGCGACUACCCAGGCUGCACCAAAGUUUACACAAAGAGCUCUCAUCUCAAGGCACACCAAAGGACGCACACAGGUGAGAAGCCCUACCGCUGUACGUGGGACAACUGUGACUGGCGUUUCGCCCGAUCAGAUGAGCUCACCAGACACUACCGGAAACACACCGGAGCCAAACCCUUCAAGUGCAUCGCCUGCAGCCGCUGCUUUUCACGCUCUGACCACCUGGCCCUGCACAUGAAGCGCCACCAGAAUUAACUCCGACAUACCUGUAUAUACAAACCAUCCCAAACAUCACACACAAAUACAGCAGUCUCCAGACAUGACAGCCACCUGAACUUAAGCCCAUUAAAGGGAUCAUGAAGAGAUACAGUCCCAAAAUCAUCCCUGUGCACCUGUGUUUAUUCUGGCGCUCAGUGCUAUAAGUUGAGUGAUCGUCAGCAUAUAGCAGUAUCCAGAGCACAGCCACAUCAAACACAUUUAGUUGUAAACCAGUGAUGAUCACAUCUUUGUUGCUACACCUACUGGUUGGUCAGGCUUCCUGUUCAGUGUAGGGGUCUGAGGGAGAUGGAGUUAGCUCUCUUUAUGCUUCAUGAUCUCCUGGUGAAACUCCUCUGUGGCAGGUGAAAAGAGGCAGACUCCAGGUGUAUUACAGGAGUCACAUGGUGGUUUACACCUUCCACAGGCCAACUGGGGGUGCGGUUAACAGUGGGAAUUGGAAUGAAAAAGGGAAAAUGCACAGAAAAGAGAAUCCAAAGGCAGUUUUUUGACGAAUUAUGGACAUUUCAGGCGAACUGGCCUUGUAUGAGUUAGUUGUUCUGUUAUCCAAACAGGGAAAGUAGUUCCCGGCAACAGAACUGUCACGGCAAGCUCUAUGAUAUGCAAUAUUUCUGAGAUAAUACUCGUCAUCUGCUAUCAGUCAACACAGUGUUUGCGGAAACACCAAGGCUAAUGAUCUACCAGGGACUCUGGGAUGAUUUUGGUGUCUGUUCUCAUCACUGAACAGAUGCAGUAUGUUCAUUUAAAACAUACACUGAUCCGACUCAUAAACACGCAACCCAUACACAUUCGCUCGACAUCAUGGAACUGUGUUGUCAGGCUCCUCCGAAGCCUUUGGAACAACCUGGAAACAUCUCCUUCUCCUGUAAACAUGAACUAUAUGUUUUCCUACCAAUCUGCUGCCACCUUCAUCAUCAGCAUCAUCACUGUCAACUUUUAUAAUUUUGAGGUAUGAACUUUUCACAGAGAGGGGGAGCUGUAUUCCCCUCAGUCCUGCCUUUGUAAAUACUUGUUUAUAUCUGUGUGCAUACAUGUGUCUGAGAAUUCAAUGAAUGUAUUGCGAUUUAUACUUGACAACCUUUUUUUUUUUUUUUUUUUUUUU